GGGGGGGGGGGGGGGAGGCCAUCGACCCCCAUGGAUCCGCACCUGGGGGCCAAUCAAAUGUAUUGCUGUACACAAUAAUGCUUGACAAAAAUUAUGUCCAAACACCCCUUAAAAGAGUUUUUCUCAGUGCGCAAAAUAAGCACCUAAACAGGUUUUUCACAGGCUUCAUUGACACAAGUUGUCGCCAGAAUAUGACCCCUAAAGAAGUUUGGAAAAUUUCACGACCGUUUCCCCGUUACCCAGGGUCGUUGCUUGCAAUCGGGAAGAACCCGAACCCUUUUCAGAAACGAGGAGUAAAAAGCCCCGGAGAAAAAGCUUGGGGGAAAAAGUACCCUAAACAAGUUUGGCUAGUCUUAAAAAAAAAAGGUUUGGAAAAAACAUGGAUCCUACUAGUAGGAUCCAUGGAAAAACAUACUCUAAAUAUGUUUGACCCCGCGAUUGAUCAUUGACCAGUCUUUGGAACCCAAAAUUCUUGUGUAAACCUGUCAACCUCGUACUUUGAAACCCAGUGUUGCUGUGUAAACCUUGUAUUUACCUCAGUCAGAUAUUUAAUCUGUACUCUGAAUGAGUUGUACUCUCAUGCAUUAAAGUGGAUCGAUAGAGUCAAGAAAAUCUAAAUCUAAAAUCUAACUCGCAAAGCGUAAAUCAAGAGGGAAGUUUCCUUAUCUGUUGAUACCGGUCCUGGCUAUUAUAGUCAACACUCCGUGUAUCCUCUCUACGUCCCCGUGGGUUUGCUGUUUUUGAUGCAACUGUCAAUAACAGGACUUCCAAUCAUCUGAAGAUCAGAUAUUCUUGUGACGUCAUGGCUAUCGAAGUUGUUCAGAAGGAUAUGGGGGAGCUUUUGGAAGGCCCCCAUUGGGAUGACGUCACAAAUACACUUCUUUACGUUGAUAUCACUAAAAAGCUCAUUCACAGCUACAACCCGGUAACGAAGGAGGCCAAAGAGGUUGCUGUCCAUUCCGAAAUCGGGGCAGCUGUCCCCACAUCUAGCGGGAGGACUCUGGCGAGUGUUGGGAGAGAGGUGGGCUACGUCGAUUGGGAGACCGGGAAAUUCGAAACAUUUUGUGAAAUCGAUAUAAAAAAGAGUGCACGGUUCAAUGAUUGUAAGUGCGACCCGUCGGGAAGAUUCUGGGUAGGAUCGAUGGACAAGGAAACGGUUGCGGACUGUCCCGAAGAAUAUAAAGGACAGGGCUCCCUCUAUUGUGUACAUCCUAACAAGACAGUCCGUGAAUGUGUACAGAAUGUUGACAUUUCAAAUCGUAUGGCGUGGACGAAUGAUCACAAAACUAUGUAUUACAUCGAUUCGCUAACCUACGGUGUGGAUGCCUUUGAUUAUUACAUCGAAACCGGUGAAAUUGGAAACAGACGUCAGGUGAUUGGUUUCCCCAAAGGAGGUAGUUUUCCCGAUGGAAUGUGUAUUGAUGAAGAGGGUAUGUUAUGGAUAGCCAUAUUCGGCGGUUGGUCGGUUCAUCGAUUCAAUCCAAAAACAGGCGAAAAACUUCAUACCAUCAAAUUCCUGACGAAGAAUAUAACAAGCUGCUGUUGGGGCGGGGCAAAUCGUGACGAACUUUACGUGACGUGUGCAAAGGUUUUCCUCAGUGAAGAAGAAUUGAAGGAACAGGAUACUGCUGGAUCCCUCUUCCGGGUCACAGGUCUCGGGGUCAAAGGGGUCAAGUGUGACGUAUUCAAUGAUAAUUAGGGAUGACCUUAUUAAUUCCUAUUUAUUCAUAUAGAAUAUAUAUUUUUGUUGCCGGAGGGGAGAGGGUUGGGAUUGAUCGCUGCAUUCCUGUAACGGACUCGUGGAUGAUAAUGAGAUGCACAUAUCGGUUCAAGUAAUACUUGCUUCUUAUCUGCACGCUAAUCUGAAUAUAAGAACAAUAGUUGUUUUGAUUCGAGAAGAUAACUUUACGAAUUAUAUGGCAGUUCGUAUACUCUUAGAUCUGUAGAUAACUAUUAGUUACUAUACUUGUUCAUAGAAUAUACAUGUGGUACAAAAGCUGUCAAUAAAUAUAAUUGAAUUAGAAACAUUAUUCUAUUUUAAA